GCAGGCUGUACGAUGACAUCAGUGAGCCAGAUGCAGGGCUUGAACUCAUGAAUGUGGGAUUAUGACCUGAGCCAAAGUUGGACACUCAACUGACUGAGUCACCCAAGUGCCCUUGGGCUCCUGUUUUAAAUGAAGACAUGUUUUCUGAAAAAGAAACAUCCCCCCUGACACUAGGUCAGUGGGGAUAUAGAAUGACGAGGGGUGCAGAGGCUGGAACUUAUCCGUUCUACUCUUGAUGGACAUCUGGGUUGAUUCCAAGUUUGAGCACCUAUAAACUACGCGAUGUAAAUAUCCUUGUUUACUUGGCCUGGUACACAUGUACAAAUGUGAAAUUGCUUAGUCAUUUUGAUGAGGGAGUGUAGGGCAAGCGGAGGGCAAAAUACAGGCUAACAGCACCCCCCACCCCAGGAAAAUAUGUGUGAUAUUGCUCGGACACUCCUGGCUACCCAAGAACAAAGCAAAGGGGUUUAAGUGCUUGCCAUGGUAAUGUGGGAAACUAAGGCAAAUGAAAAAUUGAAUUUCUUUACUGCCUACAGCCCACUGACAGAUCCUUGAAACCUGCAGAGUGACCUCCCUCUAGGAGCUCAGCUACCUCAGGAUGACACUUUGCUAGGGGCAAAAGAGAAUCUUAGCUUUACAUUAUCCCAACCUCAGGGAUCCUGUAAAUCUACUUCCUUUAUCUCAACUGCCCCAAAAUAUAUGCUGGCAAUCAUACUCCAAGCCUAUAGCCUCCUGAUAUGCAUAUGAAGGGUCUCAUGACUGAGGUUUUAUUAAACAGUAAUAAGUGGUGUUUCCCUGGCAACAGCUAGCCCCUCAAGGUCCUGGAAAUCUUGUUCUCAAAAUACCUUAGAGACUUCAUCCCUCACCCCCUCCCAACCUGAGGGUAUAUAAUGAGUUACCCAUCACACCCCCAGUGCAGCCCUUUCUGCCCAUGGGUCUGUCCCCAUGCCUUAAUAAAAUCACCAUUUUUGCACCAAAGACAUCUUCAAGAAUUCUUUCUUGGCUGUUGGCUACAGACCCCAUGAACCCCCCUAUCACCCCAAAACUUCAUUAAUUUGGUAUGUGUAUUUUCAUCCUUAUUAACUAUCUCCACAUUGUUCUUGCAGAGUGGCUGUCCUGGUUUACAAUCCCAGAUCAGGAUGGAUCUCCUUGCCUGGAUUCAAGUGCUCCCCUGUAGAGAGUGGGGGAAAAUAAGUGUUAGGAAGAACAAGGAAGUUUGGCAAGGGAAGGCCUUAGGUGCCAAUCCAAGGAGCUCAGACUUCAUUUGACUGCCCUGGAAAUCCUCUGGUGAUUUGGGAACAGAGAACAAAAUGCAAAAAUGCGGUUUUAGGAAGCUUAUGGUAUGGUACUCAUGCUUCUUCUUGUGAUGCUGUGAGAUGAUAACAGGCCCACGUGAUGAGAUGAAGUGAAGUGAAUGACGUAGGCACUGUGACAUACCGUUAGGCUACUUCUGACCUGCUGAUAAAGGAGGAUCACCUGCUUCUGGACCACGGAUGACUGCAGAAUUAAACCUGUGUACCCAGCACUGGAAGACUCCCUACCUACACAGUGAGAAUCUGCACUGGAGGUUUCCUGUGAAGAGAGGAGGAGAGGAGCACAGCCUGGACUUGCUCUGAAGCAGGCAGUUCUCAGAAGGAUCUGAGUCAUGGCACAAACCCAUUCAUUCUCCCAAUCACCUCCUCUAGUUAUGAAGGUGGAAGAAGAGAAGGCUGGGGUAGGGAAGCUGGACCCUACUAACUACAGGAGGAGAUGUCAGGAUCAGGAAGACUGCCGUUCCAUCCACAUUGGGCUUUCGGUCCCCAGUUACCCUCAAAGGAAAAGAGAUCAGCAAGGACGUCUUUCAGGACUGCAGAAGGUCUGCUGGGGCCUGCAGCCAGACAAGCCACAGCAGGAACUGACUGGCACGGGGAGCAGGGGAAGCAGCCGGGAUGGCAAUGUGGAUCGUGUCAGCAGGACCCGGUCUCCAGCUGCUGAGCAGCUCCAGGACAUCCUGGGGGAGGAAGAUGAGGCUCCCAACCCUACCCUCUUCACAGAGAUGGACACUCUGCAGCAUGACGGAGACCAGAUGGAGUGGAAGGAGUCAGCCAGGUGGAUAAAGUUUGAAGAAAAGGUAGAGGAAGGAGGCGAGCGCUGGAGCAAGCCCCAUGUGUCCACACUGUCGCUGCACAGCCUCUUCGAGCUCCGGACCUGCUUGCAGACGGGGACGGUGCUGCUGGAUUUGGACAGUGGCUCCUUACCACAGAUCAUAGAUGAUGUCAUCAAGAAGCAAAUUGAGGACGGCCUCCUGCGACCAGAGCUCCGGGAGAGGGUCAGCUAUGUCCUCCUGAGGAAACACCGUCACCAAACCAAAAAGCCCAUCCAUCGCUCUUUGGUUGACAUUGGAAAAUCCGUCUCUUCCACCACCAAUCGCAGCCCAGCCCGGAGCCCAGUGGCUGGUCCAAGCCUACACCACUCCACCGAGGACCUGAGGAUGCGGCAAAGUGCCAAUUAUGGAAGGCUGUGUCACGCCCAGAGCAGGAGCAUGAAUGAUAUUUCUCGCACCCCAAACACAGACCAGCGGAAAAACAAAUUCAUGAAGAAGAUCCCCAAGGACUCAGAAGCCUCCAAUGUACUCGUGGGUGAGGUGGACUUCCUGGACCAGCCAUUUAUUGCCUUUGUGCGUCUCAUCCAGUCAGCCAUGCUGGGAGGAGUGACUGAGGUCCCUGUCCCCACCAGAUUUCUGUUCAUAUUGCUUGGACCUUCUGGGAGAUCAAAAUCCUACAAUGAAAUUGGCCGUGCCAUUGCAACCCUCAUGGUAGACGAUCUCUUCAGUGACGUGGCCUAUAAAGCCCGAAAUCGGGAAGAUCUGAUAGCAGGGAUUGAUGAAUUUCUGGAUGAGGUCAUUGUCCUUCCCCCUGGAGAAUGGGACCCAAAUAUCCGAAUUGAGCCCCCCAAGAAAGUGCCCUCUGCUGAUAAGAGGAAAUCCGUGUUCUCCCUGACGGAGCUAGGCCAGAUGAACGGCUCUGUGGGCGGAGGCGGAGCGGUUGCUGGAGGCGGCGCGGGAGGCGGCGGCAGUGGCGGCGGGGCCGGCGGAGGGAGCAGCGGGGAGGACGGAGAGAUGCCAGCCAUGCACGAAAUCGGGGAAGAGCUUAUCUGGACGGGAAGGUUCUUCGGUGGCCUGCGUCUGGAUAUCAAGAGGAAGCUGCCCUGGUUCCUAAGUGAUUUCUACGAUGGCUUCCACAUUCAGUCCAUCUCUGCCAUCCUGUUCAUCUACCUCGGCUGUAUCACCAACGCAAUCACCUUUGGUGGGCUUCUGGGGGAUGCCACUGACAAUUAUCAGGGAGUGAUGGAGAGCUUCCUAGGCACUGCCAUGGCCGGCUCCUUGUUCUGCCUCUUCUCGGGACAGCCCCUCAUCAUCCUCAGCAGCACAGGGCCCAUCCUCAUCUUUGAGAAGCUCCUCUUCGACUUCAGCAAAGGCAAUGGCCUGGACUACAUGGAGUUCCGCCUCUGGAUUGGCCUACACUCAGCCAUCCAGUGCCUUAUCCUGGUGGCCACAGAUGCCAGCUUUAUCAUCAAGUAUAUCACCCGCUUCACCGAAGAGGGAUUCUCCACCCUCAUCAGCUUCAUCUUCAUCUAUGAUGCCAUCAAGAAGAUGAUCGGUGCCUUCAAGUACUACCCCAUCAACAUGGACUUUAAGCCUGACUUCAUCACCACCUACAAAUGCGAGUGUGUCGCCCCUGACACAGCGAAUACAACCGUGUUCAAUGCUUCAGCCCUGCUGACGCCAAACACCAACACCUCUCUGUACAACCCCCUUAACCUCACAGCGCUGGACUGGUCCCUGCUGAGCAAGAAGGAGUGUCUGAACUACGGUGGGCAGCUGCUGGGGAAUUCCUGCCAGUUCAUCCCAGACCUGGCACUCAUGUCCUUCAUCCUUUUCUUUGGGACGUACUCCAUGACCCUGACCCUGAAGAAGUUCAAAUUCAGCCGCUAUUUCCCUACCAAGGUCCGGGCUCUGGUAGCAGACUUUUCCAUUAUCUUCUCGAUCCUGCUGUUCUGUGGAAUUGAUGCCUGUUUUGGUCUGGCAACCCCCAAGCUGCAUGUGCCCAGCGUCAUCAAGCCUACGCGGCCUGACCGAGGUUGGUUCGUGGCCCCCUUUGGGAAGAACCCGUGGUGGGUGUACCUGGCGAGCAUCCUACCUGCCCUGCUGGUGACCAUCCUGAUCUUCAUGGACCAGCAGAUCACAGCCGUCAUAGUCAACCGGAAGGAGAACAAGCUGAGGAAGGCUGCUGGCUACCAUCUGGACCUGUUUUGGGUGGGCAUCCUCAUGGCCCUGUGCUCUUUCAUGGGGCUCCCCUGGUAUGUGGCAGCCACGGUCAUCUCCAUUGCCCACAUCGACAGCCUCAAGAUGGAGACGGAGACCAGUGCCCCUGGGGAGCAGCCCCAGUUUCUGGGGGUCAGGGAACAAAGAGUGACCGGCACCAUUGUCUUCAUCCUGACGGGCAUCUCUGUCUUCCUGGCUCCUAUCCUGAAGUACAUCCCCUUGCCCGUGCUGUAUGGAGUCUUCCUCUACAUGGGCGUGGCCUCCCUGAAUGGCAUCCAGUUCUGGGAACGCUGCAAGCUCUUCCUGAUGCCAGCCAAGCACCAGCCAGACCACGCCUUUCUGCGGCACGUGCCCCUGCGCCGAAUCCACCUCUUCACCCUGGUGCAAAUACUCUGCCUGGCGGUGCUCUGGAUCCUCAAGUCCACGAUGGCCGCCAUCAUCUUCCCGGUCAUGAUCCUGGGCCUCAUCAUCGUUCGAAGGCUUCUGGACCUCAUCUUCUCCCAGCAUGAUUUGGCCUGGAUUGACAAUAUCCUCCCAGAGAAAGAGAAGAAGGAGAUGGAUAAGAAGAAGAAGAGAAGAAAAGGGGUCCCUGAGGACAGUGAUGAGGAGGAAAAAGAUCUUCCAGUUGGAGUUACUCAUUCUGAUUCUUCCUUCAGUGACUCAGACCUUGACCGAAGCAUCACUUUGCACUUCAGAAUUUCCUGUCCAGCUUCACCUGCUUUCAACUACUCACAGAGCCCAGUGUUCAUGGUGCCGCAGGUGAAGAUAGAAAUGGAGUCAGACUGUGACUUCACAGAUGUGGACAGAUACGGAAAAGAAACUGACGGCGAGACCACCCUCUAGGACGCAGCUUCCCCCAGAUGUGGUUUAAUCUUCAUUGUGAGGUCGGGGCCGAAUCCCUGAACUUCCCUGUACCCGGUUUCCUUAUUUGCCAAACCGAGGGUCACUCCACUGGAUAAAAAACUGAUCUGUGGGUGAAAAGUACUACUUAUGUGCAAAGCUAUCUCCUUUUUGUAGUUAUGAAAACAACAAAGGAAACAUACUUUAUUUUAAAAUGCAGUCCAGGAUAGAAAUUAUAACAUGUCUCGAAAUGAAAAAAAUGCUUGCCUCCCCAAAUUAUAGCUAGGAUAAAGGGGCAAUAGUAAAUUUUUAUUAAAACAAAUAUCAAUUAGAUUUUUUUUUUAAGUUUAGAUUUUAAAGUAUCUAGCUGGUCUUGAAAGAACUAUUAAAAUGCUCACACUUCAGUACACCAACGUUGGAAAAUUUGUUUUGCAACUUGGCAUUGGGAAGAAAUAUUUCAAAGGUCCUAUCUUUCCCUAUCUCAUUCAGUUUUCAAAGGGUCAUUUGUCAAGUCUGAACCAUCUGCAUGCAUUGCGGCCUCGUUCCAGCACAGAAGUGUGACUGGAGCUUUCCCAGAUUGAAAAGCCGGUUGUGAAAGUCUGUUAAUGAAAGAACCAACACAUUACAGUGGGUAAAUGUUUCUAAAAAUUGUUCUUGUUAAAGUGAAACUUCAAACCACAUGUUACAUCAACAAAAUGACCCUUUAAAUUAAUAGCACUGGUUUUUCACAUCCAGAGUAAGAUUUCUUUACACUUUCAGGUAGGCUCUUCCUACAAGUUUUCAAUGCCCUGAUUCCCAAAGUCAAACUCCCAUCCACAUGACUGCUGCAUGUUAGGCAGAGCUAAUGUAAAAUAUUAAAUUAUAACUUUGCAGUAUUAGAUUACUACUUUAAAGGAAUGAUUAGAAGCCAAGUUGGAUAGAUUAAUGACACAUUAGUAAAGAAGCUGAAACUUACUAUCAGUCUGUCUUCAAUCCCCAUUUGACAAACAUCAACAUUGUUUAUUUAACACCUACUAUGUGCCUGAUAGUCGCAACGCAUCUGACAUUUACUGUCUCCAAAACAACUAUGGAUUUGAAUUUCAAGUAAAUCUCUGGUUAGUCGCCACAUUUACUCAAGAUUACAAAUGCAGGUGCUUUUUUCUUUAUUCUUUUCUAUUUUUUAAAGACAAAUGACACUAGAUCAGUAACAUUUGGGUACUAGGACAGCUAAUUGCCUCUGUGAUCUUCAGAGCCUUGUACAGUGCCUGGUCCAUGGAAAAACUCUGUGUUUAUUAAAUCUCAGAGCUCCUUUCCAAGGGAUACUGCCAAGAGGUAAAGCUCUAAACCUCUCCCACUUGAUCACAGCAGAAUGACUAAGCUGCUCACUAAUCCAGAACCAUCCCCUGAAUUUAAGUGUAAAUUCUGUAUCUUCAUCUGCACCAAUCCUGGAAGAGCUAACAAUCUACCCUUAACAUUUAUUUUAAAACUUGGCUGAUUUCCAAUGGCACUGUGUCCAAAUUAAACUGUAGGAAUGUUAUGGAUUCCGGAGUAAAUGUGCUUGAUUAAUCAAACAAGUUGGAAAAGUAUGAUGUUAGUUUUUUGUUGUUGUAAAUUGAUCACUGUAAUUUCCACCUUCUAUGUCAUUUAUAUUUUGUACACACAUGAACAUUGUAAUUUUGAUAGCUUUUAACAGGUUGACAUAUUGUUACUUCUCCUUGCAGUAGGUCAGAACUAUUUUCCCAUUUGUAACUAUAAUUCAAUAAAACUUAAUCCUGUCUGCUCAUCUUGGAAA